AUUUUAUUAAGUAAUGGACGACGAGUCAGUAAUUGUUAAAAAAGUAAAGUUGGAUUUAGACAAAGACUUAUAUCCAGAGUUGGAUUAUCUGCUAAAUCAUACAGAAAGUGAUGUCCAGUUUCUAAUCGAUGGCCAAUCAUUUCCGGCUCAUAAACUACUGAUGAGUGCUAAAAGUGAUGUUUUUCGGUCAAUGUUUUCGGGCCAAUGGCAGGAAUCGGUGGACAACAAAGUAGAGAUACGGGACACCACUCCCGAUGCGUUCAAAGUAAUGAUGGUAUUUAUAUAUACCGAACGAUUGGUGUUCAGCAACGACAAUGAUUUGGAUCAUAUCAGGGAUGUACUGAAACUCGGGGAUAGAUAUCAAUUGAAACGAUUGAUCAAAACUGUUGAACAAUCAAAUAAACCGUAUAUAACUGUCAGAAACAUUCAAUUGAUCGGCCGAUUGGCUUUUGAUUACAAAUUGGAUGAACUGAUCGGUCGGCUUAAGAGAUUCAUCGAUAACAAUCUUAAAGAAUUGAUGAACAAACCCGAGUCGGAGGUGAUUGCCAUCAAUAGUGCGGUCAAUGAUUUGUUGAUUAAAAGUUUUCGCCAAUAUUUUCUGGAUAUUAAGAAAAUGUUUUCACAACAACCGCAUUAUGUUGACGGCAAUUAUCAUAGAUAUAAAAUAGGUGAAUAUACCUGUAAUUAUCAAAACAAUAGUAGCGGUACUGUUAAGGUCAUUGAUAUACAACAAUUACCAAAUCUUGAAGUGGAUUCAAUGGGUGUGUAUUAUAGAUACCUAAUCAAUGGUGAAACCUAUAGCUAUAGUGAUAGCACUAGUGGUAAACUAAAAUAUAUUAAUUUGUAAUCAAUAUUAUUAGAUAUAUAAUAUCAGACGUUAUCAGAUGAUUAUACGGUCCAUUAUUUUAAA